AUGGAUGAAGCCAAUAUCAAUCCAGAAUAUCCUGUGAGCAAGGUUACGAAAGCUGAAAAAGAACGAUUGCGAAGGCCGUGGUGGCGUUCGCUAAUUAUCCAUGUACUGGGUCAAUCAGUGGGAUAUUCUUAUCUCCUUCGAAGGCUUCAAGUCCUCUGGAAACCUGAAGAACAAAUGGAACUGAUUGCUCUUGCCCAUGACUAUUUUCUUGUCAAAUUUGAUUCUCAACGGGAUCUUGAUUUUGCAAGAUUCGAAGGCCCCUGGAUAAUCAUGGGGCAUUACCUUGUUGUGCAGGAAUGGACUCCUAAUUUUGAUCCGACUGAGAACAAGACAGAGAAGCUAACAGUGUGGCUAUGGUUGCCAGCGAUCCCUAUUGAGUACUUUGAUGAAGAUUUCCUCAAGAAGAUAGGCAAACAAAUCGGUCGGCCAAUCAAGAUAGAUGACACUACGAGUUUGGUUUCUAAAGGUAAAUUUGCCCGCGUUUGUGUAGAGAUUGAUGUCACAAAGCCUUUAGUGGCGAAGUUCAACUUCUUGCAGAAGCUCUGGCCGAUUAAAUAUGAUGGGAUCCACCUUGUAUGCUUCAAGUGUGGAUUGUAUGGUCACCGACGUGAACAAUGUGGAGUGACAGCAAGUCCAGAAGCAAACUCUAAGCCAAGACAUGAACCUGAGAAUGGUGAUGCUGGAGGGAAGGAUAACACCACUACCUCAACUGCUCCAUUGAGAGUCAAAACACCUAUGGUGAACCCUCAUGUGACUUAG